AACAACUAUAUUAAAAAAAGUAAAUUAUUGGUAAAAUUAAUUCUGAUAAGUAAUUAUAUAAAAAAAAUAGUAUAGGAGGACUAAUUACUAAUUUAGAAACUUAUGUAAAAUUAUAAUCCAAACAUGGCUGAUAGAACUCUAAAAAUGAACGAAUUCUUAGUUAGAGAGAUGAACUUGCAUAAGAUCAUCAAAGAACAAGAAUAUACAAUUCAGAAAUUUAACAAAAAAAUAGCUGAUUAUGAAAGUUAAGAAAAAGAAAUAAUUAAUGUUAGAGUGUAGAUGAAGGAGACUAUUUAGCAGAUGCAACUUUUAGAAUAGAAAAAUUAAGAAACUAAAAAAAAUUAUGAAGAAUAAAUACUCUAAUUACAGCAAAGUUUGGAGCUAAUGAAAUAAAAUUAUGAGAAUGAAAUUCAAUAUAGAGAUAGCAGCAUAAAUCUAUUAGAAAAAUAAAUUAAGCAAAUCAAUAUAGAUUUCGAUAGGUUAUUAGUAGAAAAGGAUGAAGAAAUUAAAUUAAUUAAAUAAGCUAGUGGGGUAAAGCAUGAUUAAAAUUUUGAACAAUCUCUUGACAACUACACUUCGGAGGAAGAGUACAUUAUACAAGUUUAGAAGAUUAACGAAUUUAUUAAUGACAUGCAAGAAAACUUAAUGGCAUAGAUUGUUCAUUACAGAAGAGAACUUGAAAUGUCUUAAAAAGAUAAGUUAAAUUUUUAGGAUAUCCAUGCUGACGAAAAAAGAUUCCUUGAAGAGAAGGCUGAAAAAUAUCUUUUAAUUAACCACAAUUUGGAGCAAGAUAUGAAUUUAAAGUUAAAUCAAUUUCAACAGGAGUUGAAAAAAUUAGUCAAAGAGUUAUAGCUCAAAAAUACUUAAUUGCUCAAAGCAAAUGAAGAAAAGGACAAUAAAGCAUUGAAACUACUUGAUACCUAGAUAGAAGGUGAAAAAAUUUGGAUGAAAGAAAAGGCUGAACUGAUAGCCUAAAUUUAGAUUUAAUAAGAAAGUUUUGACACUAAAUUAAAUUAUUAUGAAAAGUAGAUAAACCUUUUAUCAGAAGAAAAAGUCAUAGAAAUAGAAAAGUAUAUCAGAGAAAAUGAAAUUCUUAAAUCUGAAAAAGAGCUUUUAGUUUAGAACAUGGAAGAUUUGAAAAAGAUUUAUAAUUCCAAAGAAAAGAAGCUAAAUAUUGAAAUAGAGAGGCUUAAUAUUGCUUAGCAUAAGUUAAUAGACCUUGGAUAAACAAGAGAAGAUUUGAUGCAAAAAGAAAUUUAAGUCCUUUAAACAUCAGUGCUUGAACUUUAGAAUGCUUAUGAUCAGAGAAAUAAAUUGAUUACUUUAGAAGAUAAAAAGAAAGAUGGAGGAAAUGUUAAUUGGGAAUAGAUGAUUAAGAAUAGACUGGUCAAUUUUGAUAAGCUUAAUGUUUAGAUGAGAAAUGCUCUUAAUGAAAAAAAAGCAGGAGAAGUUUUAAGGGAAGGUAGAUAAUUAAUUACUAAACUAACCGAUAAGCUUUCAGCACUUGAUGGUUUCAAAACUUAACAGUUUGAAAAAAAAGCUUCUGAUAAAAGAUUAAAUAUUGCUAAUUUAGAAAGGGCUCUUGAUAAAUUUAUGAUGAUAACAGACGAGUUUGGCAAUAAAAUAGACUAAAUUUUGGAUAGAGCCAAAGAUUAAAAUAUUGCAGUAAACCAAUAGGAAUAAAAUAAAGAAGAAAGUUUCUUAAACAGCACAAUGAGAAAGGACAUUGGUGUUUCUGAAAAUUAAAAUCCUAUUGAAUAGAAUAUAAAUUCAUCUAAGAAUGCUCUAAAUUUGGCAUUUAAGGCAGUUUAGGCAGAAAUAGAAUCAACCAAAUAUGAUGAAAUCAUUACCAAAAAAGACGCAGAAAUAAACUUGGCUAAAAAGAAUCUUAUAGUAUAUAAAGAAACUAUAGAAAAACUUGAAGCAAAGCUUAAUGAGAAGAUUGAAGAUUUUAAAUAAAAAAAGAAGAUCAAAAAUAUGAAUGAAGAUGAAAUGGAAGAAGAACAUUUGAUUGCAAAGUUGAGUUCUGAAAAAAUUGAGUUGGAAAAAGAAAACGCUAUUUAUAAAAAAGAAUUAUAUGAACUAAAAAGUGAAAAAGAAAUUUACACUCAAAUGAAAGAUAAAUACGAAAGCCUUUUCAUAAAAGAAAUAUAAAGAAUUGAAGAAAAUUAUAAUGUUAAAUUCACAGAAUUUAAAAAGAUGAUUUAAAAUGCAGAAUUUUAGAACUAAAAGUAGGCCACUCCUAACUAAAAAAAUAAUUCAUUAGCACAAAGCAAAUAUAUUUCUAACCAGUCAACAAUUAAAUCCUUUGCUAUAAAAGGUAUAAAUGGCGGUGGUGCAAAUAAAUCUAUUAUGAUGAAUAAUAAUCCUAACAUCUCUUUCACGUCAAAUGGUUUUGCAGAUAAAAAUAAAGAAACAGAAAAAAUGCUCAGACUCGUGUUGAAUGAAGCUGAAUCGAUUAAAGCUUAGCUGAAAGAAAUUGAAAAGGUUUAUCUUGAAAGUGAAAGAUUUAACAAUUUGAUGGAGGAAAUAAAGCUAUUGGAAGGAAGAUGCCAAGAAUUGUAAGAGAUACUAGAAAAGGAAAUAGUAUUCAUAAAAGAAUAAUUAGAAUAAAAUGCUUAUAUGGCAUCUGUUCCUUCAAAAAAAUUUGAUGAAGGAUUUGAUGUAUUUAAGAAGCAUUGCGAAUAAUUGAUAGAACUAAAAGAACAAAUUGAAAAAAAUGAAUAAUAAAGAGAGAAGUUCUUUUAAAAGAUAUAAGAACAUUUUGAUUUUACUUAGAAUUAGUAAAAGAAUGUAAUCAAAGAAGGGACAGCUGAAGAAGAAAAAAACAUGUUAAAAACAGAAAUUUUAAGUUUGACUUAGCUCAUACAAAUAGAAAGAGAAAAUCAUAAAUCAGAGUUAGAAGUCUAACUGAACAAUAUGAAUAAAACUUUAAAAUUGAUGGAAAAGAAAGUUGAAAGCAGCAAGUAGGAAUUAGAAAAUUUGAAGUAAGUAAACCUUGAAUCAUAAAAAAAUCAUGAAAGUUUUGCUUUUGUGACUCAAAAGGAAAUAAAGUAAUUAAAGUCUGAAAUUGCAAAUUUAUCUAAGCUAAUUAAUGAAACUCACGUAAAAAGAAUAGAAGAAAAGAAAAAGUUCCUUCAACAAAUUACAGCAAUGGAAAAAGAGGCUAUGAAUAAGGAAGAAGAUACUAGGAAGAUGAUUGAACAAAAAAUAUAAAAAUUUGAUGACUUAAUUGAGACAAAAGAAAAGAUACUCUAACAAAAAUACAAUUAACAAAGACACGAAGAGAAAAUACUUGAAAAAAUAAAAACAAAAUACUAGGCCUAAUACAAAAACAUCUUAGAAGAAAUGCAGAAAAAAAAUUAAAUGCUUCAAGAUUAAAUUGACGAAAUAAAUGAAAUUUAAGAAGAUAAAUCAAAGAGAUUUAAUUUAAUUAUUAAUGAUUUAAGAAUAAAUAUAGAGAAUUUACACUCUGAAAAAGCUAGAUUGAUAGAAAGCAUAAACUACAAUAACCAGCUUAUUGAAUAAAAAGAAAAAUAGAUUUAAUUAACUACACAAAAAUAUCAAAAUUUGACAACUUCUAUAUUAAAUCACUCCUCAUAUAAUCAGCAGGUUUUUUGAUAUAUAUCUAAACUGCUUAAUCGUAAAAAGCUUAAAAGACUUUAAAAAUUAAAUAAAAACUGCAAUUUAAACUAAAAAAAUAUUAAUUAUUUUGUAAAUUAUACAUACAUUCAUUUGUUAUUAAUUAUUGUCUAAAAUAAUUUUUUAGAUCUAUCUAUACCUAG